CUUCUAAAAUACGCGACAGGGAGGGGACGGCCUGGGCGUAAUUCUGUGUGGCUAUUCGGGUCCUAGGUUGCAGCAUGUCGGAGCAAGGCGAGGUGAGCGGUCUGACCGAUGAAGAAGCCUAUAGCGCCUGUGCUGACCCCGAUCCCAGCACGAAGGACUUUCUUAUGCAGCAGACAAUGCUAAGAGUAAAAGAUCCUAAAAAAUCACUGGAUUUUUAUACUAGAAUUCUUGGGAUGACUUUACUUCAAAAAUAUGACUUUCCUUCUAUGAAGUUCUCCCUCUACUUUUUGGCUUAUGAAGAUAAAAAUGAUAUUCCAAAAGAUAAUAAUGAGAGGAUAGCAUGGACCUUUUCUAGGAAGGCCACAGUAGAACUGACACACAAUUGGGGAACUGAAAAUGAUGAGAAUCAGGCUUACCACAAUGGCAAUUCAGAUCCCAGAGGAUUUGGUCACAUUGGAAUUGCUGUUCCUGAUGUAAAUAAAGCUUGUGAAAGAUUUGAAGAACUGGGGGUAAAAUUUGUGAAAAAACCAGAUGAUGGUAAAAUGAAAGGCCUCGCUUUUAUUCAGGAUCCUGAUGGCUACUGGAUUGAAAUCCUGAACCCUAAUCAUAUGGUGACUUUAAUCUAGAUUAGAAAUAAGAACAAUGCACUGUUAGUUAUAAGAAACUAUUGUAAUUUCUUUAAGGGAAAAUAAUUGAUGUAAUCAGGAAGAAAAAAGACUAGCUGAUGCUGUAUUCUGUUUCUCCUCUCCCUACUUAAUUUAUGAAUUUGGUUGUGAAUGUGAACACUUUUAGUGUAAUACAGCAGAAGAAUCAUUCAGAUUAGAGGUUAGGGAGUAAGCAACAGCGUACUAAUGGUCUCAAAUUUCUUUCUCUCUUCAUUUUGUAUGCAAGAAGAUAUUGGAAGCUCAAUAUUGGCUCUUGCAUGCAAUUUCCUACUCAAUCUGAAGACAGAAUAUUCUAAUAUUUUUCUUUUGGGGCAUGUAAACUUGUUUACCGUGGGUCAGUCUCAAAACCAGUGUUAAGAUCUUUAUCAAGGUUUGAGUUUCCAAAUCUACCAUAGAAAAAGCAGAGCUUUCAGCUUUUUGUUUUUUAGAAAUUUACUUCUGUUUUUACUAAGCAGAGAUCUCUUGGGGUAGAACAAACCUUCAUAACUGAUUUUUUAAAAUGGUGAACCACAGUUAGUACAAAUCAUGUUUAAGGGCCAACUUUUAAAAAAAUAUAUUAUUUUGCCAUAGUGCCUGAAUGCAGUCAAGUAUUCUGAAAUUUUUCUUCUGGAAAAAUGUUCACCAUAGAACCAUUUUUAUGGUUGGUGAAUUCCAACCAUUUAUGGUUGGUGCAAUACAAUUGAUUCUUGCUCCUAGCUCCUGUUCAGUAAAUAACUGUUGCUUUAUUUUGAAGUGCUGACAAAAGAUCAAAAUGGCAAUUUAAGACUGUUUUUUCUGGAAGAUGGAAAAUAUUAAAUACUUGCAUACUAAAUUA